AUGAGCCGCGCCGGUGUUGCCGCCGCAACGUGCAAUACUGGCGGGCUGCUGUACAUACUGACACUACGCCCGGUUGCGGUACUUGGCUGCUAUAGCGUGCGUGGUGGUGGUCCUAUCCACAGUGUCGCGCUCCACCCCGAGUCGGGACUCGUUGCACUGGUGGGCGGCGACGGUACAGUGGAAGUGGCGCGGAUGCCGGAGGACUGGGUCGCCAUGCGUGGCCAGCAGCACGGCGCUGAUGUCAUGGACGCUAUUCCGGCGGCACGCGCGCUGCAUUGCCUCACACAGCUACAGCAGAAGCAGGCUGAUGGUGUUGCUGCUGUGUCGAGGCCUCUUAAUGAGGCGCAGCAGGCCGCCACGCAGGAAACGUUGCUGCUGGCACGCAUGGCAAUCCCACAGGAGGCGAAUCGAUAUCUGCAUACCAACGCCAGGGUUGCGUAA